UCCAAGGGGGUCACUUUCACAUCUUCCUGCAAAAUGCACGUGCGUGAGAAUCGCUAAAGGAAGUGACUGCCUCAUUUGCAAAAACAAAACAACCAGCCACUGACCCUUCCUUGUCCUUUGCUCUGAUCGGUAAAUAGAAACUUCCCGGGGGAGAAAAGAAACCCUGGAGAUGAUCGCUGCCAAGGUGAAGGAAGAGGCGCCUGGGCAACUCCCAGUCUAACUGCUUCUUGCAGGCAACACCGCGUGGGCGGUCUGCAGAGCUGCGUUGCUCGAGGAACAAAGAGACCGACAACUGCCUCCCCUUGACAUCCCCCGCCCAGGAGGUUAUAAAGAAGUGGCGGGCAGGGGCAGCAGUUUGGGGAGUGCUCGCUGUGGGAGCGCGCCGGGGCCCCUGCGUGCAGGUCACUAGAGAUUGCCAGGGGGUGGAGGCGAGGUGGCAGCACAGCUGGAAGGCACAGCUGGAAGGCACAGCAGGCUCUGCACUGAAGAAGCCGUUUGAAGAGCUCAGGCAGGAGCGGGAGAGACGGCUGGCUCAGGAUGAGUGAGCUGAAGCUCGCGGUGCUGGGCAGUAGAGGAGCUGGCAAGUCUGCCCUAACAGUGAGAUUCCUAACCAGGCGUUUCAUUGGAGAAUAUGCUUCUAAUUCUGAGUGCAUCUACAAGAAACAUAUGUGUCUGGAUGGGAGGCAAAUGAACUUGGAAAUUUAUGACCCUUGUUCACAGCCACGACAGGGGAAGCUGUCCCUCACUGAUGAACUCCACUGGGCUGACGGAUUUGUCAUUGUGUAUGACAUCAGCGACAGAGCUUCCUUUGCCUUUGCAAAGGCAUUGCUAUACAGGCUACGAGAUUCCCACCUGGCAGGUUGCAAAAGAGUGGUAGAGUCAGCUGUAUUCUUAGUUGGUAACAAGCAGGAUCUAUGCCAUAUGAGAGAAGUAGGCUGGGAUGAAGGACAAAAGCUGGCAAUGGAUAACAAAUGCCAGUUCUGCGAACUGUCUGCAGCCGAACAUUGUCAGGAAGUAGUGACCAUGUUCACGAAAGUCCUAAGAACCAUCACCACAAACUUCAAAGUGAAGGAAAAGAGACGACCCAGUGGGUCAAAGUCAAUGGCCAAACUAAUCAACAACAUGUUUGGGAAGAGGAGGAAGUCUGUGUAGUGGAUGUCCAGGCUCAUGGAAACCAUUGAACAAUGAUACACUGAAACAUUGCAACAGUGGGCCAUAUGCAAUGCUUGGACUCAGCCAAUGAGUACAUGUGUUUAAAAGGUCUCCAUUUGAAAGGAUGAUAUGUCAGUACAAACCAAAGAUGAUUGGCAGUGUGGACUAGUAGACAGAGUACUGCACUGGGAUUCAGAAGACCUGGGUUCUAUUUACAGCACUACCAUGGACCUGCUGUGGACCUUGGCAAGUUUCUUCAUCUAUCUGAGCCUCUGUUUCCCCUCUCAACCUGUGUCUUGUCAGCUCUUAGAAGGACUGUCUUUUACUACUUUCAGAGUAGCAGCCGUAUUAGUCUGUAUCCGCAAAAAGAACAGGAGUACUUGUGGCACCUUAGAGACUAACAAAUUUAUUAGAGCAUAAGCUUUCGUGGACUACAGCCCACUUCUUCGGAUGUUUGUAGAGUGCCUACCAACAAUGGGGCCUUAAUCUUGGUUGUAGCUUCUAGGUGUUACUGUAAUAUUAAUACUUUUUUUCCAGUGAACUCAGCCUCUCUGUGCCUUGCUGAACAAUAGCCCAACUUCAGAAUUCCAAGAUUUAUCUGUAACAGCAAUUGCACUAACUGAAACCAGGAUUGGUACUUUGUGAUAUUGCACUUGUAAGUAAAUGAGUGGAGGAUACUUAAUGCCUGACUUUCAGGGCUUCCUUCUCCUGAAAAGCUGCCAUGAGUAGGGAAUCAGAUAAAUGAGGUCAUCAGCUGUCUCCCAUUUCGGUAUUCCUGCUGGAGCUUGAUGGGCGGAAAUAUGGUCCAGUGGAUAGGAAACUGGAAUAGGAGUCAAGAGCCUUGGGCUCACUUUGGCUCUGCCGGUGACUUGCUCUGUGACCUUGGACAAGGUCUUUUUGGGCGAAAUUUACUCCUAUGCAUCAAUUUUAUCUUCCCUGGCCACCUGGGUAUUUGAAUCCAUGAUUUCAAACUUCAGAGGUGGAAGCCAAUCCCUUACACCAUCUUUCACUCUUAUGCAGCUGGCCAGUUCAGCCGAUGUAUCACUGAAAUCCAACUUAAGAACUCAGGCCAAAUAAAUUAAAUUAAUGGAGAUAUCCUAUCUCCUAGAACUGGAAGGAACAUUGAAAGGUCAUAGAGUCCAGCCCCCUGCCUUCACUAGCAGGACAAAAGUACUGAUAUUGCCCCAGAUCCCUAUGU